AGAUGAUAACAAUGUAACGAUAAGCUGACAACUGUACAGUGUACAAGGGAGAUAUCUUGUACAUAAUCGAAUUAGGAUGAAUUUACUGAUAUCUCGACUUUGUACUGAUUACUCUACAGCACAGAUUAAUAAAAUAUAUUAAAACAGAAAUCCAAGAAUGAGAAUUUUCUUUAACUUUGGUAAGCUGCUUCUGCUGCUUCUUUUCCUUUGGCUGCUUAUUGUGUUCUUUCUAAUAGGAAUACCUUUAAACAGAUCUUCAGAGGCAGAGGAUAUUUUAGCUAAGAAAUUAUUAGAUGCUCAAAAUGAGAACCUUAGUUUACGCAAAGAAAGGGACCGUGCAUUGCGGGAACUUCGAGAUUAUCAAACCAAAGAUGGAAUAAAUAUUCAGGAUGAUGAAUACAAGGGAUGUGUACCUACAGAUGAAUACGAGGAAUACAGACGACGCGCGUCUCGAGAUGUAAAGGAGCUCCUCAAUUUUGCGCGUGCUCAAUUGGACGGAUUAGUCAAGGAUAAAGGACAUCUGGAGGAAACUGUUAAAUAUAUUAAGAAUGAGAUUACAAAGCACGCGCAUGUUGUCCUGGUUGACCUGAACAAACUACGCGAGCACGAUGGUUUUGAGGAGUGGAGAGCAAAGGAAUCACUUUAUCUAUCAGACCUUGUACAGAAAAGAUUGACAACACUCCAGAAUCCUGAAGAUUGUGGAACUGCUAAGAAAUUACUUUGUAACUUAAACAAGGGUUGUGGCUACGGUUGUCAAAUCCAUCAUGCUGUUUACUGUUUUAUUACAGCCUAUGGGUCAAAACGAACCAUGAUCCUUCAUUCCAAGGGUUGGCGGUACAACAAGAAAGGCUACCAGGAGGUAUUCCAGCCUGUUAGUGAGACAUGUACUUCACAGGAUGGAAGCUCACGGUCCAGUUGGCCUGGUAAUGACUCAACCCAGAUAGUUGAACUACCCAUAGUGGAUAGUGUUAACCCUAGACCCUCCUACCUACCCCCAGCUAUACCUGCCGACCUGGUAAACCGAUUAUCAAGAUUACACGGUGAUCCAGUUGUCUGGUGGCUGGGACAGUUUCUGAAAUAUAUGCUCAGGCCUCAGAAACAUUUAGAAGACAUGUUGGAGAAAACAGUUGAAUCACAAGGGUUUAAGAACCCUGUGGUGGGGAUCCAUGUGAGAAGAACAGAUAAAGUUGGGACGGAGGCAGCUUUCCACCCCGUGGAGGAGUACAUGGUUCAUGUGGAGGAGUGGUUCGAUAUGCUGGAACUAACACAGAAGGUUGAUAAACGAAGAGUUUUCGUAGCAUCUGAUGAUCCCAAGGUGUUGGGAGAAUGUAGGAAAAAAUUUAGCAAUUACGAAUUCCUGGGGGACCAAGAUGUCGCAAAGUCUGCAGCAGUUUCAUCCAGAUAUUCAGACUCAUCCCUUCGUGGAGUCAUUCAGGAUAUCCAUCUUCUCAGCCUUUCAGACUUUUUAGUCUGCACCUUCAGCUCUCAGGUUUGUCGGAUAGCCUAUGAGAUAAUGCAAACCCGUCAUAUAGAUGCCGCUGAUAGAUUCAAAUCCUUAGACGAUAUCUUCUAUUUUGGGGGACAAUCAGAACAUUUACAGGAGGCUGUUUACCCUCACGCCAGACGAAACAGUGACGAGCUGGAUCUAGAGAUUGGAGAUAUUAUUGGAGUUGCAGGAAACCAUUGGAACGGUCUUAACAAGGGGCGUAAUCAUCGGACCAACCGUAUUGGACUCUACCCAGAAUACAAGACAAAAGAGAAAUUGCGAGUGAUAAACUUCCCCUAAACGAUCAAGGUUUUAAGGGGCUCGAGUCAUUGACUUCCCCUUUACGCUCAAGUUGUUUGGGGGAUCUUCAUUCUUCAUCCCCUAAACUAGCAAGAUUUGAAGGGGUUUGCUAUGGCAGCAUCCGAUUUAAUGUUUCUUGUAUUUUUUCUCAAAAAUUUUUGUUAUUUGUCCUUCCCUUCUUGUCAGAAACCAAGUCUCAAACAAGAACAGAGUCGCAACUUCAUUUAGAUUUGAUUAAAAAAUUUGUAUAUUUAUUUAGUUUUUGAUGAUUAUUUAGUUUUUGAUCUUUUUGUAACAAAUAGUUAAAGCGAAAUUUAUUUUGUUUGGGGAUGAUAGUUGGGGACUGAAAACACGAUGGUACGGUAUAGCCUCAACUUUUUAUUCCUCCAUGGACGGUAAAGGUUUUAAUGACGAAAAAUUUUUAUUUGAGUUUGAUAAUCUACUUAAAGGUUUGAAACUUCACCGUUAAAGGGACUCUCAACCUAAUUUCAAGUGAUCCUUCGUUUGAAAUGAUCAUGACUGAUUUAAAACCAUUAAAUGCUUAUCAUUAUAGUCUGAGCAAGAAUUUUUUUUUCUUUUGUGGUUCUUCAUUUUUUAUUCCAAACACUUACAGAUUUAUGCAGCAGAGACAAAGAACGAAAUUGUAAGAAUUAAACCAUUCUACAAUAUAAAAACAACGAUUACGUGUCUUAUUUAAAAAGUAACAAUUCUGGCAUGCAACUCUCGCUUGAAAUUACGUACUUCUUUUAAAACUUGCAAACUUGCCGUCGACUCAAAUUCUCAAAAAAAGCAUUUAUAUUUUAUACUACAACAGAAUUUUCUAUUUCAUGAUUUGAUCUUUUAGAGCUUUUUAGUGUCACAAUUUGCAGGUUCUCAAAUAUGUUUUUAGGACUUAAUAUUUUGGUGCCUUUUCACGUUUCUUUAAUCUUUAUUCUAGCAUUUGCUGAUUUUUUAACUUGAUAUGCCACACUUACUUAAAUGAAAACUAAUUUUAUGCAAUUAGAUCAGGGAUUUCAUUUUCCUAAACAAUACUAUCCCGCUGCCCUCAAAAUCAUAUUUUUUAACUUGCGGUGUUUUCAAAUUUCACUUUAUUUUAAAUCUUUACUUAAAAUGAAAGGGAAAAUAAGCUACAAAUUUAAAUUACGUAAAUUUAAUUCCCAUUUUUUCAAGAGCUUAGAAAUCCCUGUCUCAAUUUUUGGGAGGCAGAGUUGGUAGGUUUUUUUUAAAAUAAUAAAUCCCUGCCAGUUU